AACACCAGUCUCCUCUUCCUAAUGUUGUAUUUCUGCUUCACCUCUGCUGUGUCCUCCUCUCUUUAUUCUUCUUCUUGUCAGUUACAGAGACAGUUUAAUUUAAAUGAGAUGUACAAACCUGGAGAUGUGAUUCUCGGUGGAAUUUUCGGACUUCACUUCUUCCCAGCUUAUCCUGACCUGUCUUUUACCUCAGAGCCACAACAGCCUACCUGCUAUAGUUUUGAUGUUCUAGGAUUCAGAGCAUCUCAGACCAUGGCCUUUGCUAUUGAUGAGAUCAACAGAAACUCCAACCUGCUGCCUAAUGUGACUCUGGGAUACAGUCUGUAUGAUAACUGCGUACAAGUUGGAAUUGGAAUUGGUGCAGCGCUGACCUUAGUCAGUGGUCAAGAAGAGCAAGUUACAUUAGAGGAGAACUGUGUAGGAACUCCUCCAGUCCUAGCGAUUGUGGGUGAUGCUUCUUCUACACGUUCUAUUGCCAUAUCCACAGUCCUAGGUUUGUACAGAGUGCCUCUGGUGAGUUAUUUUGCCACAUGCUCCUGCCUGAGUGAUCGUCAAAAGUUCCCAUCUUUCUUUCGGACGAUUCCAAGUGAUGCUUUUCAGGUGAAUGCUAUGAUUCAGAUUCUAAAACACUUUGGUUGGACUUGGGCAGGUCUGAUCAUCAGUGAUGAUGAUUAUGGAUUCCACGCUGCCCGAUCCUUUCACUCUGAUCUGGGUCCAGCUGGUGGAGGUUGUCUGUCUUACACAGAGAUUUUGCCUCAGGCUGAUGACCCUGCUGAAUUAAGGAGAAUAGUGAAUGUGAUGAGGAAAUCUACAGCUCAGGUGGUGAUUGUGUUUGCACAUCAGAGUCACAUGCUCAACCUUAUGAAAGAGGUGGUGAGGCAGAAUGUGACAGGCCUGCAGUGGAUAGCCAGUGAAGCCUGGACAACAGGCACUUCACUCCAGACGCCUGACGUCAUGCCGUACCUGGGUGGAACACUGGGCAUCGCCAUCCGUCGAGGAGAAAUACCAGGACUCAGAGACUUCCUGUUACACAUACGUCCUGAACUACAUUACAACACUGACACUGAUACUGAUGGAAACAGCAUGAAUCAACUUUCUUUUCAGAUGAAUCAGUUUUGGGAACUCUCAUUUCAGUGUAGAUUUGCACCACCUCCAACAGGGUGGGUGGAAGCUGGAGGUGAAUUAUGCACUGGACAGGAAGUUAUAGAGAAUGUGGAGAGGGAUUUUUUCGACAUUUCAGACCUCAGGCCAGAGUAUAACGUGUAUAAGGCUGUGUAUGCUCUGGCGUAUGCGCUUGAUGACAUGCUGCAGUGUGAGCCAGGGAGAGGACCUUUCAGCAACAACACCUGUGCUCAUUUACAAAGACUGGAGCCAUGGCAGCUAAUGCAUUACUUGGAAAAAGUCAGCUUCACCACAACAUUUGGUGAUCAAGUGUCAUUUGAUGAAAAUGGUGAUGCCUUACCAAUAUAUGACAUCAUGAACUGGGUGUGGCUCCCUGAUGGAAGAACUGAAGUUCAGAGAGUGGGUGAGGUUAAGAGGUCAGCCUUCAAAGGUGAAGAAAUCACACUGGAUGAAGACAAAAUCUUCUGGAACUUUGAAUCCAAACAGCCUCCUCGGUCAGUGUGCAGUGAGAGUUGUGCUCCAGGUACCCGCAUUGCCAGAAAGAAGGGGGAACCUGAGUGUUGUUUUGACUGUGUCCCUUGUUCUGAGGGAAAGAUCAGCAAUACAACUAACUCCAUGGAGUGCACCAGUUGUCCAGAAGAUUUCUGGUCCAGCCCCCAGCGUGACCACUGUGUUCCUAAGAAAACAGAGUUCCUCUCCUACCAUGAGCCUCUGGGUAUCUGUUUGACAACCACCUCACUGUUGGGCACAUGUAUCUGUGUUGUUGUUCUGGGCAUCUUCAUCCAUCAUCACAGGACACCUAUAGUUCGUGCCAACAAUUCAGAACUCAGUUUUCUUCUCUUGGUGUCACUCAAGUUCUGUUUCCUCUGCUCGUUGCUCUUCAUUGGACGACCCAGAUUAUGGACUUGCCAACUAAGACAUGCAGCAUUUGGCAUCAGCUUUGUGCUCUGUGUCUCAUGUAUCCUGGUGAAAACCAUGGUGGUUCUUGCUGUGUUCAGGGCCUCCAAACCAGGAAGUGAGUCCAGUCUCAAGUGGUUUGGUGCUGUGCAGCAGAGAGGGACAGUUCUAGUUCUGACUACUCUUCAAGCAGGAAUCUGCACUGCCUGGCUUGUCUCUGCUUCACCAGUGCCUCAUAAAAACACACAGUAUCACAGUGACAAGAUAGUUUAUGAGUGUGCAGUUGGAUCCACAGUUGGUUUUUCAGUUUUACUUGGUUAUAUUGGUUUACUGGCUGUCCUCAGUUGUUUGUUAGCUUUUCUAGCAAGGAAUCUUCCAGACAGUUUCAAUGAGGCCAAACUCAUCACUUUCAGCAUGUUGAUCUUCUGUGCAGUGUGGGUGGCCUUUGUCCCUGCUUACAUCAGCUCACCAGGCAAAUAUGCAGAUGCAGUGGAGGUAUUUGCCAUCCUGGCCUCCAGUUCUGGUCUCUUGGGAGCUCUGUUUGGACCCAAAUGUUAUAUAAUCCUGUUGAGACCAGAGAGAAACACAAAGAAAGCUAUCAUGGGUCGAGACACCACAAAGUAACAAAGUUAAUACUACUGUCUUUCUGUCUGAUCCACCCUGUGUUUUUUAAAUGGUUGGUGUAGUGGUUAGCACUUUUGCCUUUGCAAUAAUAAGACGCAACAGGAAGAAGGGCCUUUCUGCAUGGAGUUUGCAUGUUCUACCCCCGUGUGUGCAUGGGUUCUUUGGUUUCCUUCGAGAUUCAAAAAUAUGCAGAUUUAGAGAUUAGGCAAAUUGGACAGUGACAGACACUGAGAGUGCACGGUUGUUUGUCUCUACAUGGCCCUGUGAUGGACUGGGGACUUGUCCAGGGUAUACCCCCACCUUUCACCCUAUGUCAGCUAGGAGUGGCCCCCCAUGAUCCUCAUGAGGAGGAUAAAGUGGUAGAAGAUGGAUGAAUGGAUGGAUGAUGCAGGCAAUAAAAAUAUGUUAACAAAUAUUCUUCUUUCGGCACAUAGCACAUCUACAGUAGAUAGGUCACUAUCCCUCCUCUGCAUGUGACCAAACAAUCUCAACCUUGCCUUGCUUACUUUAUUUCCACACCGUUCAAUUUGAGCUGUCCCUCAAAUAUGCUAAUUUCUUAUCCUGUUCAUCCUGGUCUCUCUGAACAAAAAUCUCAGCAUCUUCAGCUCUGCCUCCUGUCUUUUAGACAGUGCCACUGUCUCCAAGUCACACAUAAUAGCAGGUCUCAUGGCCAUACUGAAGAUCUUCUAUUUUACAUUUGUCACACCCAAUCCACCCUGCCUGCACUCUCUUCUUCACCCCUCUUGUGAACUGUCUAUUGUUUUGAAUGGUUGACCCCAGGCAUUUAAACCCAUCCACUAUGUCUACCUCUACUACUUGCAUCUUCACUGUAGCACCACCUGUCUCAUUGUCAUUCACACGCAGGUAUUUUUUUUGUCUCUUACUAGCCUUCAUUCCUCUUCUGUUCAGUGCAGACCACCACCUCUCCAGUUUAUCUUCUAUCUGUCCCCUACUCUCACUACCGAGUACAAUAUAAUCUGCAAACAACAUAGUCCACAGAGACUCCCAUCUGACCUCAUCUGUCAGCCUGUCCAUCACCAUAGUUGUUACAGAGUGAAUGUGGUGUCACUGAUUGUUUCCCUCUCCGGAACCUUUGUGGUAUAGGUCCUUUGUUCUCGGGCUGAUUUGUGUGUGACACUGUGUGUUAUUCGGCUCCGUUGUGGCUGCUAGUAAGUAUAUGUAACUGCUGAGAAGUUUCAGUAAAGAGUAUCAACUGUC